UCGUACGACAAGGGGAGGCACUGAAGCGCACGGAACAAAUGGUGGAUAAGAUGGACCAGGACUUGAAGACUAGUCAAAAACACAUAAAUAGCAUUAAGAGUGUUUUUGGGGGCUUGGUAAACUACUUCAAACCCAAAACUCCAGAGAGCAAGCCAGAGCAGAAUGGAACCCCUGAGUAUAAUGCUAAUAAUAGAUUAAAAGAAGCGAUGAUGUCUAGUAAAGAGCAAGAGUCAAAAUACCAGGAAAGUCAUCCAAAUUUAAGACGGCUAGAUAAUUCAGACAGUGAUUUCAGUGGAGUAGAUUCAAUUUCUUCAGUGCAACGUGAUGCUUAUCCAAAGAAUCAACAUCUGCGAGCUUAUCACCAGAAAAUUGAUAGCAACUUAGAUGAGAUGUCGUCUGGGUUGAGUCGCCUGAAAAACCUAGCUCUGGGUCUGCAGACAGAAAUACAGGAGCAGGAUGAUAUGCUUGAUCGGCUAACUAAAAAAGUAGAGACAUUGGAUAUCAACAUUGCAAACACCGAUAAAAGAGUCCGACAACUCUAAAAGGUCAUAGAAAUUUUUACUUCAGCACCAUUUGGUUUCUUGGCUGUCUUAUCU